AUGUCUGAGAUUUAAUAAUAAAUGCCACAUAGUUCUAAAUUGGAUUAAGAAUCAGCCACUAAUGCUAAAAAUCACUUGUUGCUAGUUAAUGUAAAUAAUCUCGUGUAAGCAAAAGAAUGUAACAGAGUUAUCUAAUGAAUUACUAUAAAGCUACAAGAAUGAGAUUGAUCAAUUAAAAUAGGAGUUACAUCUGAUGAAGCAAAGGAUAACAAAUAACAAUGAGGAAAUCAAGAACACCACUUAACCAACACUAGAUGCAAUGCUAAGGGAUUUGAGAUAAGUAUUAAUCAAUUGAUCUAGGCAAUCAAUACAUAAAAGGAUGAGAAUUCUAAAUUGUAAAGCUAAAUCACAGAAUUGAAAAAAGAAAAGAGUCAAAUCUAGUAGUUGAUAAUAGCAGGAACGCAAAAGGUUGCAGAACUUGAACAUUAAGUUGGAAAUUAUACAUCUGCCUGA